AAUAAUUGCAUUAUAUUCAGUCGUCCCACUUCUUACACAAAUCAAUUAAAUCUCAAUUCCAUGAAUACUUCAAAGGGUACCGAAAGAGUCAACGAUGAUGGGGCGGUGGAGAUAGCUGUGGAGACGGUUGACUACCGAACGCCGCCGGGACUAGAUAAAGAGCCCAUACCAGAGAAGGUGGAGGUGACUCAUGUGAUCCACGCCGACGAUCACUCCGCCGGAACCGCCGGUGUUGUGGCGGAAGCUGCCGUUAAAGUGGCUGAAAAGAUACAGUCUGUGAAGGAAGCUGUCACUGGCGGGGGCAACAAGACCGAAUGAAUGACUACUUAAUUCAAUUGGGAUGAGUUGCGAGGUAAUAGUUUAAUUGUACAAUUUAAUUUUAUCGUGUUUCGGGUUCUGCAUAUGCUACACUCGAUGAAAUAAUCGUAGAUUUUGAAAACCAUUAAUUUAUGCAUAAUAACGCACACAUUUAUGUGUACAUGUAUGUUGCUACGUCGGUGGUGUAGCAUCUGAUAGACCCGUUGUGAGCUGACUUGAGGAAUUAUUAAUGUUUUUACUUUUUAUCAAGUCUUGUGGGGCCUUAUUUGUUGAUCGAUUAUGUCAUUAAUUAUUAUUUAUUAA